AAGCUGCAGAGACAGCUGGCAAAUCUCCGAGCUUUCGUUCCUUUCAGUGCUAUGCCUUGGAAAUAAGCUUCAAUUCUACUCACGUCCCUCAUUUUCUCGCCGUUCCCCCGCGCCAGUCACGGCCGCGAUCACCAUGGCUGCACCCGUUCGACCUGGUCCGCGGCUGUACCGCGAUUUUUUAACACCUGCUCUCCACCGACGCUUCAUGAGAGCGGCCGGUGUAUUAUUACUGCUCUGCUAUGCUGAAUCUGUCUUUAUUGGAGAGAAAACCUCCUUUUUCUGGUCAUGGUUUCCACUUGGUCGAGCAGGCAUUCGAGCAUGUCUUCUUUUCAUAAGCGGGCUUUCAAUCUUCAUAUUACGAGUUGCGCAAUUGCAUGUUGGCGCAAGAACAACGGCUUCUCCACUGAGUACAUUCAGGCAAUAUCUCAUCCGCUAUAAUACUAUCCAGACCCUCAUCUGGUACAACUUUUCAGCAUGGUGGUUCAGUGAAGUUUACGUAUGGUCCGUACCGCAGAAAGCCAACCUCAAUUGGAUCAAUGAGGGAAAAUCCUACGAGAGGCCUCGGUUGAAUGAGCGGCCAAUUUAUCUUCGAAGUAUCUUCAUAUUUCUUGCGUUUAUCCAGUCGUUUGUUCACCUCUUCAACGAUUACGAUCAAGUGCGACUGCCGACCCGGAAAACGUCCCGCUCAAAUCCGCGCAGCCAAUUUGUUGCUUCGCCGAUCGUCCAGUUGAAAUACAAAUUCCUUGGUUUAGCGCAGAUUGCCUUCUUCAGAGCCCUAUCUCUGUCAAUUGUCGGCCCUAUUAUCUACAGCAUGUUCAUCCGUCGGACCGCUUGGCGGUGGAUGCUGUCUGUGUCAAAGAUCUUGUGGGCACUUCCAAAGACGUCUGGGCCUCCGUCUAUUCCGCCAUAUCACAUCUCCUUGAUUAUCCGCUCUGUUGUUGCAAGCUUUUUGCUCCUUUUGCUGUGGGAAGUAGCAAAUGCUGCGUUCGGUGCUUAUGUGGCACAGGAGCCGCUGAAGAGCGAUAAGCCGUUGACUGCGGAUUCCAAGGAUCCAAAUGGAAGUCUGCUUACCGGUCUAAAAGCCAAGAAGGAAUUACCAAGGGCAUUUGCUUUCUGGGAGCUUGUGAGCAUCAGCGAACGGUUUCCAGAUCGACGAAAGUCCUUUUUCCAAGAUAUUGAUCGUGUCAACGGCAGCACAUGGUCACAAAUAUAUACCAUCUGCACGGGCCUGAUUCAGGGUAUCAGCACCCGGAUCGAGAGAAAACCUCUUCCCUCCGGCCCUCUAGAAGCGCCCAAGAAACUUGCAAAACUCACUGGCCCUGUGAAACAAGACAACAUCUAUGCUUCUUCCCCUCCACCGACCUCGCGUCGUGCCAUUGCCGAAGCGGGCUUUAGCAGUUUUGCCAAAUCCUACAGCCACAAUCCUCCCAAGGGAUCGCCGAGAGUGCCGUCCCCGCUUUCAAAGAAUGCGAGGAAACUCAUCGAAUAUGGCGCCGACAGGACCCUCACACCCGAGCAACGGGCUGCCUUGUCCAAGACGAACCUCACUGAUACACUCAAAACGUACUUCUUCCAAGUCCUUGGCUCGCCCAUCGGGUAUCCCUUUCGCCAAACCUUCCGCCGCCGCAUCGUUGCCCUUGUCCUCGGCACUCCCCACGGUGAUCUCGGCUCACUAGUCGAUUCCAUUGACGCGCUCACUCGCCUGGCCGUGGCCAGCCUGCAAGAAGACCGCUACGGAGGUGUCCAGGCCGACGUCCCAACACUCAUUCGCACAUUCGACGCCACUGCGCGCAAUCUCGAUGCGUUUGUCCGCCAGACUGCGCCCCACUGGUCAGACACUCAGUUUAAUCCAACGAAUCCCAGCUCGAGAAAAGUGCCUGAAGUCGAAAUCUUGCUUGGCGCUCUCAGAAGUGGUCUGAAAGAUUUACUCGUCGCGUUUGGCGAGUAUGCCGAACAUAUGGGCCUCACGCCUGCCGAGAUUAGAACUGCAAGAGAAACUGCAGCCCAAGCGGAGCCGGAGCAUGCAAUUGAGACUACGUAGUGAGGACGACUCCGUCGUCAUCAGAUUGUUGUCAUUUUUAUUGUCAUUAUCAUGAUUCUUGCAGUAGAAUUAUUCCUCAUGUUCCUGCUACACACUUUAUUCGUCAGUUAUGUUCUUGCAAUACAACUGUAUUCGGCAUAUUUAAAUACGACGUUGCAUGCGUUGUGUUCUUCACCUCGACUGCUGUACAGUAUCCUCAUCAUGUGCCCUUGGCUUUGAUGUCUCGUCUUUUGGCAUGAUUUUUCUUUUUCAACUUAUUUCUUUUGCACUAUGCUCAUGGCUUUUUUACAUACACUGGCUAGUAAGCUGUGGGGCGUUUGGGUUGGGAUGGGUCAUGAAAAGAAAUGUUUCAUCUUUCUUUAUUUUUCAGGUCUUCUUGUUGUCUUUUAUAUGUACGUUAUGAAGAGAAAAAGAAAAUCCAUGGCAUCACGAUGAU